CCCCAUCUCUAUUUCCUUACUCACUUAUUCCUCCCCAUUGCCUUCACAUUUACACACUGCAACCUUAAGAGUAGAGAGAGAGUGAGAGGAGAAGUCGAGAGCUGUAUUUGAAGAGUUCUUCAAAGAGUAAAACGUCCAUGGAGGGGAAAAAUCCGUCUUUUUACAAGAUCUUGAUGGAGCUCUCUUCCCAUCUCAGAUUGCCUCAAGGCUUCAUGCAAAAGUAUGGCAAAAUGUUGCCAAAACAAGUUGAGCUGAGAGUUUGCAACAAUACAUGGAAUACAUGGAAGGUGGGGAUGAAGAAACAGACUCUGGAUGGAGAGGAUCAUUACUUCUUCGAGAAAGGAUGGACCAAAUUCUGCGAAGACGCGCGGCUUGAAAUCUUCGAGCUGCUCAUCUUUUCCUACAUUGAUAAGUCCACCUUCUUGGUGACUGUGUAUGGAGUCACUGCUUUGGAGAAGACCAUCUUCAGUCCUCCACGCUGCAUUAUUGUGCUCAAGGACUACCGCUGCUAUAAAGUUGUAAGAAUCCCUCCACUCUCCACCUCUGUUUACGAAAGGCAUGAAUCUUUUCUUAAUUUGCAGCAUAUUCCUAAGAAAUUUGCUGAGGCUUGUCGCUUGUUCGACAAGAAGGAGAUAUCGUUAGAGUACGUGGGCGGAUACACUUCACCAGUGUCGUUGACUAUGUGGCAGGGGCGGAUAGCUUUUGGGGCGGGUUGGUCCGCGUUCCUCAAAGCAAACCGGCUCUCAUCCGACAUUGCUCUUAGUGGUUCUAGAAAAACCCUCUGUUUCGAGUUCGUUCCCAUGAAGAAUCUGAUGAAGGUUCAGCCACUCCACAAUUGAAUUCCAGUUGUAAUAGUUGUGAGUUUGAAUUGUAGUGAUAAGAUUAUGAGUAUGACUCUUUAAGUCUUUCAAACUAACGCUAGUAUUUCUUUUGUGGUGAUUGCAACGGUGUCAUGAACACGUCUUGAUGGCGAUUUCAUUUUGGUUGAUUUGAAUUUGGGUGUAGGAAUUUAUGCGUUGUGUUCAUUUCUUGGAA